CAAUCAUAACAUUUUUUAAAAACAUACAUGAAAGGGAGAACCAGAAUCCCGAAAUUUUCUACCCACAUUGAAAAAGGAUUCGUCCUUUUUUGGGUUUUCUCCUUUGCGGUUCCACAGACAACACGUCGUCUUCGUCCCUGCAACCUCGCUUCCUGUCCAUCUUUUCCUAUCUCUCAGUUUUGGUUUCGGUACGUUUACGGGAGCUGAUUGUUGUUGGGGGCUUUGAAAGAUUGGUGGGGUUUACGUUUUCGAUUUGGGUUCGCGAUUUCUCUCUGGAAUUUUGCUCGUGGGAUGGUUUGGUACGAUUGGAGGGUAAAAGGGUUUUUGGUUGGAUGAGUCUUGGGGGAGAAUUUAGGGCUUUGAGUACGGGUUCUUGCGGUUUUGGUGGUUGAUAGAUGGCAAAGUUGGCGUUUUUUGACUUGGUGAUCAUCGACGGGGAAGAUGGUUUUUGGAUUUUGACUUGAUAGCGGCUUCAAGGCUGCGGUGAGGAAUUCUGUUCUUUGGUUUUGAAGGAUUGCAUUCAUCUAAUUUGAUUUUUAUUUUAUGGAGCUCAGUAUGGCUGUAGAUUGCAUCUUAUCCAAUGAUAGGGGUUCUGUUUGAGGGUUUUUGUUGAUCAAAUUUGAGGGAUUUGGAUUAGGAAUUCAAGACUUGUGAAUUGGGCUUUUGGCUCUGUUUGCUGCACAUUUGUGUUUUGCUGGUUGUAGAAGGAUAGAUGGAUUUUGGUCUUAAUUGAAGCUGAUUUUUAGGGAGGAAAUGAAGUUUUGUUCUGUGGUUCUGUCUCUCAAUAUGCUAGGAGAUUGAGAAUUUGACAUUUCUUCCUUGUUGGUGUUCAAUUUUGAAAUCCUUAGAUGUUUACUGCUGAUUUGUGAUUGUAUAAAAGAAUUUGAGAUGGAUGACGCUCAGAGCAGCUCAAAUUCACUCCCUCCGUUUCUUGCAAAGACAUAUGAGAUGGUGGAUGAUCCUUCCACAGAUACAAUUGUUUCAUGGAGUCAAAAUAACAAGAGCUUUAUUGUUUGGAAUCCACCAGAGUUUGCAAGUGUGUUGCUUCCUAGGUUCUUCAAGCACAACAAUUUCUCUAGCUUCAUCAGACAGCUCAAUACAUAUGUAAGCCAGUU